AUGAUGAAGAAGAAGAGUAUGUCGAUUGCAACUGAGAGAUCCUGUUUAGAUUUUGACCGUUUGGUGUGUACUGCACUUAGAGACACUCAAUCGAACAGCAUCUAUGGCGUUGAGAGAUGUUUCGAUAUUCUGCGAUACUUGAAGAGUUUGAAUCUCUCUGUAAAAGAUGUUGUUCGACACUCUAGAGCUAUACACUCUUUGCAGUGUCUGAGAGAUCACGAAAACCCUAAGAUUCGAAUGGGAGCUGUCGUCUUGUUCAACUCCUGGUUGAAGACGCUUUAUUCCCGCGGAGGAGACCCUUCUUCUUCUGAUUGCAACAAAGCUAUUCCCUUGAAUCUGAAGAAACCUGAAGAUGUUGUCAAACUAUGUUCCAAGUCGAAGAAGAAACAUGUUUCUGUUCAGAAGAAAGAAGAUGAGGGAUGUGGGGCUCAUGAAACCAAAGAGAUUAGACAAAAUCUGAAGAAGCCUGCCGUUUGCAACUCUGUUCCAACAAAAUCAAGGCCUCGCCAGAUGAAAAAGCAGCCGCCUUUGAAAGAUUCUCAAAACCCUAAAGAUUGUCCAGCCUUGAAGAAGAAUUCAACGGAGAUGUUGGAGCUAUUCGAAAUAGCCAAGAAAUCAGCAGAUGUGGCCAACACAAAGGGACUUCUCUUGGCUAAAGCAGAGACAUCAAUCUGCGUGGAAACUCUCUCUUUACUCAUGAGUUUCCCAAUCAGCUCUACAGCUACUGAUACUAGGCGGAUCAUGGAGAAGCUUUCACAUCUUACAAGGCACAAAGAUCGCAAAGUUUGCAAUUCUGCAUCUUCACUUUUACACCAUUGGAGUCAGAGCAUCAAAGAUCAACAACACAAAGAUGCCCGUAAAUCUCAAGGCUAA